UUUUGUUUAUGCGAUUGCAUGUCGCACGCAUCUCGCCUAAGCUACGUCAUACUUUUAGGCGCACCGUUAAUCACUCAUCACUGACAUAAAGCACCCUGUGCGCAACUGUCACGGCAAUCAGCUGUUCGCUGCUCGUUGCUCGCUGGUUGGAAAUUGGAACUUGCACCACCACGUUUGGCAGGCAGCACGAGAAAUGAGCAAGCGAUUCUUUACAAAUAAACGUAAAUAAAAUAAAAAGUGAAACAUACAAACGACAUUUUUUAGCGAAUUACGUUUUAUAAAAUCAGUGGAGCACGCCAAUUGCGGGCAGUUGCCCAUGAGCAGCAGAAAAGUCAGGACGCGCCACAAGCGAAAACAAUCGAAGAAGAAGAGAUUGCCCUAGCAGCACCUGGUCGAGUCGUGCUGGUCGUGGUAUUAGCAACCAGUGGUUGUGACUAAUUUAUUAAACAUUCAAUUAAAUGUCAGUGUACGUUUGGGGUGCAAAUUCGCAUGGCCAACUGGGCCUUGGCUUUGAGUCGGAACUUUGCAUGUCGCCGCAAUUGUUAACUAAACACUCAUUUAGUGCGAGCGGUGUACGUUGUAUACGUGGCGGAGGCGGUCAUGUUUUGGUGUUGGAUACGUAUGGGCGUGUGCAUGCAUGCGGCUGGAACAAUCGUGGACAAUUGGGCUUGGAUUCGUUAAAAGAGUGCCAUAAUAGAUUUGAAUGCAUACCAAGUGAUGCUUUUCAGGAUGUGCCUGUGGAGUAUAUUGCUUGCGGCUGGGAUAUAAGUGGCUGUGUAACUGUAACCAAAGAACUUUAUGUAUGGGGCUCAAAUUCAUAUCAGCAACUGGGCAUUUGUCAGCGUGAAUAUGCGGUUAUCUCUAAGCCUAUGAACGUCUCAUUACCUCGUGGCGAGAAGUCGCAACGCAUAAGUUUCGGUAUGCGUCAUUGUGUGGUACUGACGCAGAACUAUAAGAUUUUUGUAUUUGGCAAUUUGACACUGCAACAGCCGCCUGAGGAGUUGAGUGUUACAACUAUGAUGCUAAAUCAUGCCAAAGUUAUGAAGCUUGCGCUGUACAAUAGCAAAGAUUUGCGCAUCACCGACAUAGCCAGUGGACAAAACCAUUUGUUGCUGAAAAUACAGGAAGUGAACCACAAAGGUGAUUGGAGCGGUAGACGUGUUAUAAGCUUAGGAAAUAAUAAAUUUGGUCAAGCAAACAGUUUUCAAUUUGAGGACGAAAUCAAGCAAAUAAUUGUUGGCUGGACGCACAAUGCUGUGUUGUUGAAGAACAACUGCGUCUACUUAUGGGGACGCAACUGUUACGGACAACUUGGUACUGGCGGUUUUACAGAUAAGAGUGUUACGCCAAUUGCAUUGCAAUUGCCAGGUGAAGUUGUGCCGGCGCGUUUGCACUUCGGUGCUGAACACUGUCUACUGCGUACAACUUGCGGUGCCGUCUACACUUGGGGCUGGAACGAACACGGCAAUUGCGGCAAUAAUAACACUGAGAAUAUAGAUGCUGCCACUUUAGUGGAGUUGGGCUCAACAUGUAAAGUUGCUGGCACCGGUGCGGGAUUUUGCUUUGCUAUCUGUGAAGCUACGUAAUUAAAAUGAGUUUAUUUAUAUUAUUUUGUUGCUUCUUAAUUAAUUAUAAGUGCAAAAAAAUAUCUAUUUAUUGAUAGCAAUUGAAGUGAAGCACGCUCCGAGUCCUCUGUUGGUUGGGUUAGCUAGACUUCGGUGACUUGAAAAACGAGUAACUUCAGGUUGUAGACACAUCCAACAGAGAAGCGAGGAAUUCGUUUAUUUAAUAUAUAAAACUCCUAUAUUAUGUAUUGCAUUAAGAAUUUCGCCAUUAAAAAAAAUUAAUAGACUAGUCAAACUUCUAAGGCUCUAAAGGAAUAUGGCAUCCGUCUUUUUCUGUGAUAUGGAUAUGUAAAGGAAAAGGCCAUAUAAUCUAAGGAUAAGGUUGACAAGAAAAAGAAGCUAUUAAAUUACGGGUCUACGUUCCACAGCAAUUCAAUUCGACAACUCCGGGCCCAGCAGGUUACAACAACAACAACAACAUAAAAGCACAUAUUCUGUGCGUCAUAUGGAGUUUUUUUUUGUGGAUUGGACCUGCUGGGGAUAUAUGGUGUGGCCGGUUGAUUUAUACAACUUGAAGCUUGUGUUUUGCUAAAGUAGGCAUCAUAAAUUAAAUA